AUGACAGCAUUGAGUUGGAUUGGUUCAUUGUGGAGUGCGUUAUCCAAUAUUACUGGUCCUAUGUAUGUAUGGAUAAACUCCAAGAUGGAUGAUCGAUACACAAUCGCUGUGGGUGGCUUCAUGUGUGUAUUGGGUUUGAUGUUAGCCAGCAUCACCAAUGAGGUCUAUCAACUAUACUUAACUCAGGGCGUGAUCUUCGGCUUGGGAGCCUCGUUAUUGUGGUAUCCAUGUAUGCGACGACCCAUGGAAUGGUUUAAAAAGAAGCGAGGAAUGGCAGUAGGUAUCACAUUGUCUGGUAUUGGCAUUGGUGGAUUGAUUCUAUCCAACAUUGCAUCAGCAGCUAUUGCUUCGGUGGGAUAUCAAUGGACUUUAAGAAUCUUUGGUUUUAUCGAACUUGUGCUAUGUGGAAUUGCUGGCAUUUCAUCGAAGCAACUCCCCCCUCGCCCAAAGUCGGCACCCAUAGUUGACGUGGCAGUAUUCAAGAACAGAUGGUUUCUCGUGCUAUUUGCAGUACAUUUCAUUGUGGCGUUUGCUUUCUUUAUUCCCACCAACUACAUCCCUCUCUAUGCGGAAUACAUUGGACUCGAUACAAUUACAGGCACCAACCUUAACGGAUUGAUGAGUGGUUGCUUAUCAGUGGGACAACUCUUCUUUGGCAAUCUUGGUGAUUACAUCGGUCUCUUCAACAUGUCCGUGAUUUGUGGGUUCCUUUGUGUCGUCUUCCAUUUGGCAUUGUGGUUGCCAGCAAGUUCCGCUCCACUUUUAUGGGCAUUUGCAGCACUUCAAGGUGUUACACAAGGAGCCUUUAAUGCCAUGAUUGUUGCUGUCAUUGUUGAUUGUGCGGGUGACAAAGAAGCAGAUUCUGGAACCGGAUGGGCUUUCUUUGGAUGGAUCGUUGGUGCAUUGCUUGGUCCUCCCCUCGCUUCAGCAAUCAUGAAUCAUUCCGAAGUCCCGGAUUAUCCUGCAGCCAUUGGUUUUGCUGCUGCACUAUUCUUUGUUGCAACAUGUUUGAUGCUUGUAUUAAGAGUCAAGUUUGGUGGCUGGAAGCUCUUGAAAAUUGUAUAA